AUGGGUGAAGGAGUUGCCCGGUGGCAGGACGGUUUAAACUUCCACUACGCUCAAGUGCUCGAGGAAUUUUGUGGAGAUCUCCUGCGGCCGCGCGAAGUGCUGCACCUCGUGCUUCCGCGGGUGACGAAGGAGGCAGUUGCCGUGAGUGAAAAGCUGCUGCUCCACAUCGAGGACGUCGGAGAGCUGGAGAAGGUGCUCAAGGAAGCGGUGGAGAACCGGAGACCUCAACUCCUGGUGCUCAUUACACCGUUCUCGCUGGACCAGUCCGAGGUGGAGGGAUGGGCGCGGGCGAUUGCAACGGUGCCGGCUCAGAUUGAAGUUCUUGUGCCUGCGCACAAUCUUGAGUUCGAUCAUACGGACACGGACGCCUUUUGUCGUCUGUUCAGAUCUCUGCGCCGCACAAACGGAGAGAUGUGGGUCAUCCACCCUGACACUCCUGUACCGUCAAAGCGGUAUCAGAGUCUGAUCAGUACGACGCAUCAUCUGUCCACCGCAGAGUAUUGGGGACUACUCAAAGAGUUGGCGGACGUGGCGGACAUUCCAUGGCCCUAUUGCCCGCCGAAGACAGAGCCGCGCAAACAUGCCGUGGAGGAGGCUGUGAGAGGACACGCCAACACGAACACGUCGAAGGUGGCGAACACGAAGCCGACAGCAGUGGGACAGGGUGGAUCUGGGCCUGCUAGAGGAGGACGUGUGCAAGGGGGACGGAGCGUCAACGGCCCGUACCACAAGACGCAGCAUCAUCCGGCCUGCAGCCGCAAGUACCGCCAGUGA